UUCAAUAAAGACAUAAACAUCACAACAGUAACAUCCAGCAGACACCAAAUAAUCUGCUUUGAAACUCGGAUUAAAACACUUAUAAAGGGUCCAAUCCAGACUUGAUCAAUUCAAAUGAGAAUCUCGUUUUGAUUUUUGAUCUCACCAUAGAAAGAAGAAACAUGAAUCCUACUUUUGUACCACCAAAACCAGUUCUAGGUGAAAGUACCAGCGGCUUACCAAUCCAAGCUUUCAUACCACCUCUUAAACCGCCCUCUCAACCUCAGCUACAAGCGCAGCCCCCAAUCCGACAACUAUACGCUAAACCUAGUAUCGCACCGCAAGCUGUACCGAAUAAACCAACAUUACCCCAAGGAUCAGUAAAUCAAUAUACGCCAUUGAAAACCAAUCCAUUUAUUGCACAUACUGAACCUGUUUAUUAUCAACCUGGAACAAACCAAAUAAUGAAUCAAAAUGGAUCAGGGCAACAACGACCACCAAAUCCAUCGAUGUCACCACAGAACAUGCGCCCUAUGGGCCCACCAAUGCAUCGACCAGGAGCACCGCCUCCUAUCCGACCGCCUGGGCCUCCUGGCCCACCUGGUCCCCCCGGACAAUAUCCCAUAUCUCCGAAUAUGAGGCCGCAGAUGCCUCCUACUCAACAGCAACAACCCAAUAUGCAAAGGCCUCCCAUGCCUCAGAAUAUGCGUCCAACUACGCCACAACAAGUUAGAGCCCCAAAUAUGAUGCCACAAAACAUAAGACCCCCCUUUUCGCCACAAAACUCAACGACAGUAAUCAAUCAACCCAUAAGACCAGCGGCUCCUGCAGUAAAAACACCUAAUAUUGGACAACCUCAGCCGCCUCUUUCUCAGCAAAACAGACCAUCACCGAUCCCCCAGCAAGUUAUUAACAACAGGCCCCCUUCUAUGGCGUAUAGAUCACCAGGCCAACCAGUCAUUCAAAGCGAUCAAGCAGAUUCUGAAAGAGAUUCACCAGAAUUAUUGAAUCGUAUACAGUCAGACUUGAACUUAGGAAAAGUAGACAGCCCAAGGGGCAGUUAUUUAUCCACCGAUGACGACGAUGAUGUUGUUAUUGGAAAGAUCAAUCCAAUGGCAUCGUCGAGGACACCGGAAGGUCAGUUAAGCCCCACAGCAAAAACUAUGGCCCCUUUCAAUAGAUCAGACAGCCAAAUGUCUAUACCAUCACGUCCUCCGUCAGGGCUUGGGAACUACAUUAAGUCAUCAGAAGCUAUCCGUAACACGCAAUCGCCUGUGCCGUUGCAUUCAAACGAAAUUGUUUACAAAGAGAAACAUAUGAUCAAUCCCGAUAAGCCGUUAGAUGGCUUAUCAGAAAAGCAACUUGACAACAACUUGAGUCGACCAAACAAACCAGCAGAUUUUGGACCUUCACGUCAACUGUCACAAAUUACCGCGGGGAAAUCCCGGCAGCUCACACCAACAACACCAGGUGGAACCGAACGAGUCACGUUUGUUUUACCAGAUGAAAACAGCGGUAGUCAACACUCGGAACUGCCGAAGACACCCGUUCCGCCUAAUGCUCUUAGAAAGCCCGACGCGGAAGCGCGUGGACGUAGCAGUUUUAAGAGUAACCUUUCCACGGAUAGCAACCAUUUGUCAGCAGACAAUAAAGGCGACAAUGACAGUGGGGUGGAUGAAUCGACGCAGGAAAAGGAUCGCAAUGGUCCAAAUUCUCCAGGUUCUCCAUUGAAAUCACCCAGCAAAAUUCCAUCACUGCGACGUCCAGAAAGCAUCACUCCUCAAACACGAUCCAGAAGCACUUCUAAGCAGCGGCUAACUGCUAAAACUCCCGAAACUCCAACCGAACCAUUAAUCAAAAAGGUACCAAUGAACAAGAUCCAAGUCGGCGCAACACCUUCGCCCAAUUUGAAGGUGGUUAGAUCUAAAAUAGGAUCCCUAGAGAAUGCAACGCACAAACCUGGCGGAGGUCACGUGAAAAUAGAGACCCGAAAAUUAGACAUAAAGGCGGCACCUAGAAUCGAGGCGAAAAACGAUGCAUACGUUCCUAAGGGUGGCGAUAAGAAGAUAGUAACAACCAAGCUGUCAUGGAAUGCGAAACCCAAAAUAGGAUCUUUGGACAACGCAAGCCAUAGACCUGGCGGUGGUGACAAGAAGAUUGAAACGCUGAAAACGGACUUCAAGGAUCGUGCAAGGCCGAAAAUUGGCUCCAAAGACAACCUGGGUUAUCAGCCCGGCGGUGGAGAUGUCAAGAUUGUCAAUCAGAAGCUGGACAUCAAGGCUGAGAGCAAAAUUGGCUCACUGGAAAACAUCAAACAUAAGCCGGGAGGAGGCGAUAAGAAAAUUUUCGACGACAAGGACUACUUGAAGCAAAUUGAUCAUCCGGUAGCUCUGACACCACCAUCACAGAGCCCGACACCGGACGAUGACAACUACUUUGGAGACAUCGCAGCGGGGGCAGUUGCACAGCCUAACACUUCAACCACCGCCACUAAAGUAGAAUAAAAUCAAUUUUCAGGCACAACAUGCUUUAAGAUAAUUCCACAAAUUGACACUUCAUUCGUAGUUUGAUUACUAUUCCGAUUUGUAGCGUUUAGCUAGAGCAGCUUGUAUUUAGUUAGAGCGUAACAUAAGCGAAAUAAAUUAAGUUUUGUACUCAUGUAUUCUACACAAUAAGCUAUCAAUCCACGCCAGAAAUAUAUAGAUUGUACGUACAAAGCAUAUAAAAAUCAUAUGUAAUAUGAAAAUAUAGCAUUAAAGCAUUAUUUAUCACACUUUAUAAUGUACCAAACACAGCCAAUGCACUUUUUAUAUUACAUUAUUUGGAAAUCCUCUUCUCAACCACAUUUCAUUAAAAUGUUUAUAUAUUUGACUAGGAUUAUCUAAAUUACGUAACUGUAGACUUUAAUUAAAAUAAAUAAUUGAAGAUUUUCACACAUAAGAAAACAGUAUUUACACCGCUUUUAGUCAUUAGGCACUCUGACCUGUACACUAUUUAUGACAUUCCAUUAAAAUUUAUUGUUGACUGUUAAGUUUCCCUUUAUUGUUGGUUAUUCGUGUUUGCUAGGAAGUGUGUUGUUUGCUUCCUUUUAUCCGUUACGUUUUUCAAAUAUGUUAUUUACGUUUUUAUUUUCAUUCUGUUUUUUUCUUUUUUUGUUUCG